GCCGGAACCGAGCAAGAAGAAACCCAAUGGAAUCAUCGGCUAUAUAGAUCACGUUGCAGUAGCCUUGGAUUGGCGUAGGAAAGGAAUCGCGAGAAAGCUUCUAUCAACAGCUUUCUCAGAGAUCGGUAGAGCUAAGCCGAAUGUGGUCGCUAUGUUUCUGAUGGUACAAAAAGACAAUGUGGAGGCGAUUGGGCUUUAUAAGAGCUCAGGAUUCGUUGAGAUCUUACGUAAGAUUAUUAAGCAGUCGUAUAGGAUGUUGAAGCAAUAUAUGAACAACUGUUGA